AUGGUUAAAGGCGAGCCGGGAGAACCAGGACCACCAGGACCGAUUGGGGCAAGAGGACCCGAAGGAGCAAUGGGGGUAGAAGGUAAACAAGGACCACCCGGCGCUCCAGGAUUGGUUGGACCGAAGGGUGACCGAGGAGAACAAGGGCUGCAGGGCACACCUGGUCUACCUGGACCAAUUGGUGAAAAGGGUCUCAGAGGCGACAAGGGUGAUCGAGGAUUGACGACGACGUUAAAAGGCGAUCAAUUCCCAACAGGCAUCAUCGAGGGUCCACCAGGACCACCGGGACCACCUGGAUUACCAGGUCACAACGGUACGGACGGUAUCUCGGAACCAGGUUUACCGGGACCCCAAGGACCUCCCGGCCUGCCAGGCACGUCGGGUCCUAAAGGCGAAAAGGGAGAUUACGGAGACAUUGGACCUCCCGGUUUGAUGGGACCUCCGGGCUUACCGGGUCCACCUGGAUAUCCAGGCCAAAAGGGUGACAAAGGAGAUAAAGGAGAGUCGAAAUACAACAACAAGAAGAUCAGAAGACGGCAAUUCCAAGGCGACGGUGCUUUCGAAACGAUUAACGAACCGCAGUUAGUGGGACCUCCCGGACCACCAGGACCGGCUGGAUUGCAAGGUCCUCCUGGCAUUAAGGGCGAACGAGGCAAAGACGGUGACAAAGGCGAAAUAGGUGAAAAAGGAUCCAAAGGCGAUCCCGGCCCGAUGGGUUUACCCGGCCCGAUGGGACCAAGAGGAGAUUCGGUUCAGGGGAAGCCCGGCCCGACGGGUCCUCCAGGACUGGACGGGAUGAAGGGUGGUCAAGGGGAGCCCGGUACCAAAGGGGAACGCGGAGAUCCUGGCCUGCCUGGUACGGAUGGCAUUCCUGGUGGUGAGGGUCCCAAAGGAGACAAAGGUUACAAAGGCGAACCUGGUCCGGUCGGUAAAAAAGGCCGGAAGGGCGACAGAGGCGACAAGGGCGAUCAAGGAGUGCCGGGACUGGACGCGCCGUGCCCCAUCGGACUAGACGGGCUGCCGCUGCCCGGAUGCGGUUGGAGGCCCCAAAAGGAACCGACGACCACGACGAAAUUGUACCGGUCGCAGACCACCGCGGAACCGCCCGCAGACGAUUACGACGAGGGUGGCGGAGGUGGCGGUGGCGACGAAGAGACUGGUGGCGAUUAUGGUGACGAUUACACCGACGAGACGAACAAUUAUGACCCGACCGUGAAAUAA